CUACUUUCUCCGGUGCCUAUCGGAGCAUCGUGGUAAGCCUGUACAGUAGCCCGUACUCGCUGCUACCCACCUCGUACAUCUUGAGCCCUCCUUGCCCGAGUCUACUCAGAUUGGGCCAGUGCCAGUGCCCGUGAUCACAGCACCGCUCUCGUCCCUUCCGCAAUGUCCAACAUGCUCAAGGGAAUGGGCAUCUGGCCCAAUGCAGGCGCCAUGGAUCAGACGACGCCCAAAGCCCCCGUCUCCUCAGUCAAGACCGAAGAGCGCAACCCCUUUGAUUCCAUACCUUCUUCCACACCGGGAGGGCCAGGACUGAGCCAGCACCGCAAAUCAGCGAGCGGAAGCAGUCUCAACACCCUAGGCGUGCCGGGCAGAGGUGGCGAUGUCACGCCCUCGGCACUCCUCACACCGGGAGGCAACAUCUCGACUCAGAGUGCCAUCCCCACCACGUCCCUUUCCACCACUGUUCCCGACUUUACCAUGAAGCUACCGCCAGCGAAGGCCAAGGCGGAGCUGCUUGCCGCCGGAUCCUCUACCCCACCCAGCUCCGACACUCGUAAUACAAAUGCACCUCGAGGCCACCUGACGGUCAAACUCGUCGAGGCUCGCAAUCUCGCAGUCGGCACCUCGUCGAAGUCCGCCCCCUAUGCUGUGGUAUCCUUCGACAAGAACGAGUUCAUCGGUCGGGAACCCAUUGAUGCCGCGACAGAGGAUGCGCAUGGGAAGGCGAUCCCCAAGGAGGAAGGGCUCAGGUCCAGAGCGAAGACGGUCACACCUGCCUCUUCUGCUGCUGGUGCCGCGACAGCAGGCUCUUCUGGCGCACAAUCUGUGCCCCGCAACCCAGUCUGGAAGCAUCAAGUCACCUUUGACGUGACUCAGGAGAGACAGCCCAUCUACAUCAGUGUGUACGACCGAUCUGCGGAAGAGGAAGGCUUCUUGGGGCAAAAGAUGAUCACGCCGAGACUUGUGCACAAGAUGUCCACCGAUCAGUGGUACUCUCUCUCUAGCCGGGAGGAUCAGAUUGAGGACGAUUCGACAGUCCGCGGAGAGAUCAGGAUCCAAAUCUCCUACGAGCGGCUGGCAGCGCGGCGCCUGACGCCCGCAGACUUUGAGUACUUGAAGCUGAUCGGCAGGGGUACUUUCGGACGGGUGUUCCAGGUGAGAAAGAAGGACACUAAGCGUAUCUACGCCAUGAAGGUUCUGAGCAAGCGGGAGAUUGCCAUCAAGAAGGAGGUGACACAUACGAUGGGAGAGCGGAAGAUCCUAGAAAAGUCCCUCGACUGCCCUUUCCUUGUCGGCCUCAAGUUCAGCUUCCAAUCAGAGCAAGAGCUAUACUUUGUCACCGACUACAAGUCCGGUGGAGAGCUCUUUUGGCACCUCCAGCGCGAGGGAAGAUUUACAGAGGAGAGGGCAAGGUUCUACAUUGCAGAGCUAGUCAUUGCCCUUGGCCACUUGCACAAGUACAAUAUCGUCUACCGAGAUCUCAAGCCAGAGAAUAUUCUGCUGGAUGCCACAGGGCACGUCGCCCUGUGCGAUUUCGGUCUCUCCAAGCCGGAUCUAGGCGCAGGACAGCUGACCAACACCUUCUGUGGCACCACUGAGUAUCUCGCACCCGAAGUCUUGCUUGACGAGAGCGGAUAUUCGAAGCUGGUCGACUUUUGGUCUUUGGGUGUGCUGCUCUUUGAGAUGUGCUGUGGAUGGAGUCCAUUCUAUGCUGAGGACACGCAGCAGAUGUACAGGAACAUUUGCUUUGGCAAGAUCAAAUUCCCACGUGGGGCUAUUGGAGACGAUGGCAAGCAAUUUGUUAAGGGGCUUUUGAACCGAAACCCGAAGCAUCGUCUCGGUGCGUCUCGCGAUGCCCAAGAUCUCAUGGAGCAUCCCUUCUUCAAGGACAUCGAUUUUGAAGCCCUAGCCAACAAGCAAGUGACCCCUCCCUUCAAGCCCCUCGUAGAAUCAGACGAGUCCGUCGCCAACUUUGACCCAGAGUUCACCGAGACGGAUCUAUCAGAGGUGGCUACGCUCGCGCCAGAGGGGGCACAGCUAGGCAAUGGUGCCGACGCAGGAGGUUCGGGCGGGAACGGGAAUGGUGGAGGAGGGGCAGGCAUGGGCGCAGAGGUUGGCAGUGCAGGCAAGUCGGGCCUGGCUAUCAAGAAGCCUUCCCCCGCAGGCGGCGGAGGUGCAGUAGACGAGACGCUCUCCUCUUCUAUCCAAGAAAAGUUCCGAGGAUUCUCCUACUCGGGGACGUACGACGGGUCUGUCGCUGGCAGUCUCUCGAGCUCCUUUGGUGGAAGGAGAGGAAGUGGUGGAUCGGGCAUCCGGGGCGCUAAUCUGGGCAUGAGCAGGAUGGCCAUGGAUGAUGAAGUCGAGAGCAGUGCAAAUGGUCAUGGUAUUGGUAGUGGUAGUGGGGACGGAGAGCUUGCGAGGGGUAAGGCGGACGAGGUGAUGAGGAGUCCUGAAGCAGAGAGGAGUUAGGUGGAAAGACUAAGUCGUAGAUGCGGUCACUCUGCAGAGCGAGCCAAAGAAAGAGUAGGGACAAUGCCUAGCCUAUCUAUAUAAUCCCUCCAUCCUCUUCCCACUUU